AUGUUUGUCGGAAUCAUAGUCGACAUGAUUUCUGCAAUCAAUAUGUUCACAGGUCAAGUUAUUCCGGCAAAAAGAUGGCUCGAGCCGUUUCUCAUUCACAAUCAAAACUGGCUCGGCUCAAUCUUCUUUGUGAUCACUUACGGAGGCCGUUGUAUUCAAGGGGCCACUGCUACUAUUUUGUCAUUCUGUAGAGUUUGCGCUGUUUGUUUUCCGAUAUUUUAUCAAAAACUCGGCCAGCCAUACUACAUCUAUACAAUGCAAGUGCUCCAACUGCUCGGCGGACUUGUAGCUUUGCUGUUGCUGUGGCCGGAUGAUUAUGAAUAUAUUCUGGAAGACAAUGGAUUAUAUUCUGUGGGAUCAGAUGAAACGAAUGCCGACUGGUUCUAUAACUUUGUGGCCAUUAUGGAAGUCUUCUUUGUGAUUGCUAUUGUUUUGAAUAAUUUGAUUACGUAUACAAUGUUUAAAUUGAAAUUCAAUAAGAUGAAUAACGUUGUAUACGACAAUUUUCCGGCGUGGUUUCUGAUUGCGGAAUCGUUGUCUUUGGUAAUUUUAUUGGCUAUUACGGUUGUUUCAUUUGCAGUUUAUUUCGUGGAAAUACAGAUCUUAUUCACUUCCAGGAACACUACAUUUAAAGUUCCUUUCUAUCGUUUGAUGUUUGUUGGAAUAAUGGUUGAUAUGACAUCUGCUAUCAAUCUUUUUGUUUUACAAAUUAUACCAGCCAGAGAAUGGCUUUCAUUCUUUUAUUUUACAAAUGAAAGUUGGCUCGGUGCCAUUUUCUACGCGAUUACUUAUGGAGGUCGAUGCGUUCAAGGAGCAACCGCAACCAUUUUAUCGUUUUGUCGUGUCAGUGCCGUAUGCUUUCCAAUGUUUUAUCAAAAAGUCAGAUUGAGCUAUGCAAAAUACACGUACACAAUGCAAGCAAUCCAACUUUCUGGGGCAGUUGCAGCAGUGUUUUUGUUGCUCCCACGUGAGUACAAGUAUGUGAAUGAGAACGGAGGAUACUACUCAGCAUUCGUAAACAAUGAGUUCAGAAAACCAUUCUAUAACUUCGUGGCAGUACUUGAAGUUUUCUUUGUUUUGGCGAUUGUAGUGAAUAAUUUGGUGACGUAUAUUACUUAUAAACUUAAAAAAGUAGGUGAAGCACGUGAUUCGAACACAAACUUGGACUUCAAAUCAAUGUGA